AUCUGGUGCUUUUGAUAUUCACCCCCCGGACCACCCACGACACGCAAACAAUCCCAGAUCCACCGCUGCUGUCUACUCCCGGCCGGCCAGCCACCGCUGCUCGGAGACCCGAUGGCCAUGGACACAUCGCCUCGGCUCUACCGCCGGCUCAGGAAGGCAUCCGAUAUCUCCAUCGCCACAACCGCUCCCUCCUCGUCCAAGCGUAUGCGUACGAAGGAGGAACACAGCAGCUGCUGCGAGGACAAGAUCAGCAGCUUACCUGAGGAGAUACUGAUCAUGAUCCUUGACAAGCUAGACGCGCGCACAACAGUAACCACCACUAUCCUUUCAAAGCGGUGGCUGGAUCUUCCUCGGCGAUCACACACAUUUUAUGAUCUUUCCAUUUAUGAUAUUCUCCCUCCACGCUACCACAGGCUGAAGAAAAUAGCUGUGGAGACUAAGGCCAGCUAUGAGGUGGUGAAGAGGACUCAGAAUCUGACUGACAUCUGUGACAAGUAUGAUCGGUAUAAUGCCAUCAAAGACCGGAGUGAGCAGUGGAUGCGGAAAGUCCGUCUGCUCACACCCAUCCUGCAACGUUAUGAGCGUCUGGCCAUGCGAUGCUAUGUUAAACGGGUGAAUGCAUUCCUUCUGCCUCCCGAUAAUGUUCAGCGACGGUCUUUCCAGAAGCUGAGGCUUCAGACCUUUUGGAGGCCCGGUCUUGAUGAGUGGUUUACGGCAGCGGUUGGCAGAUGGGGGGUUGAAGAUUUAGAGAUUGUCGUCGAGAGCCCUUGCAAGCAAUUUGGAUUCUAUCCGUUAAAUAGAUGCCAGAAUGUGCGGCUGAAACGCCUUCUGCUGUCCAAUUUCUGUCAUUAUUAUGGAACACCCCCAUUGUUUUUUCAGAGGCUCACAACAAUUACUCUGUGCAAGGGAAGUUCACGUCCCCACCUCGUAUACGAUAUUCUGAGAGAUUGCUUGCAGCUGGUGGAUUUGAGGCUGCGGGAUGGUCCGUAUAGCCGAGCUCCUUUGCACGUCAAUUUUCCUAACUCAAGGUUGAAGAAUCUGCAAGUGGACAACUGCGAUAUUUUUAAAAUCUAUCUGACUUCAGUGCCUUGUCUUGAAACAUUUGCUUGUCGGGGUCAGCCAACCAAACUACGCUACGGUGAGGUGCCUCGUCUUAGGCAUGUGAGUUUGAACUUCUUGGAAACUGGAUAUGCAUAUACUGGUGAGCAUGAUUUGGUUCCUAGAAAAAACACCCAUUCACUAAGCAAAUUCUUUAAAGGGGUGCCGCCACCAGUAGAGGAGCUUUUUCUGCAAUUGAGAGGGCAUCAGAUGUGGAUGAAACCAACCGCCAUAAUCAGCCGGCUUAACAAUCUGAAGAAGUUAUUCAUUGCAAACGUGCCAAUGGACUGGGAUACAUUCUGGAUAUUCACCCUAUUUGCUGCCGCACCUUACUUGCAGUCGCUCCAUGUUCAUUUUGACAAUAACUUGGAGAAGGUGAGUGCUGCUGGAUCACUAGACGUGCAGGUCGAGCAACCACAGCACCAUCACCUCAGAGAACUCGUGGUCAUCGGCUUCGAUGGAGUGGCGUGGCAGACCGGCUUUGUGAAGCGGAUCAUGAGGGCGUCGCGGAGGCUGGGGCGUGUCCAUUUGCUUGACGGGCACGUCGUGGAGGACGAGGAGCAGGAGCUCGUCGGACUGGAGAUUCUCCCGCACCGGCGGGAGUGGCAUGAGUGCGAGAGGUUGGAGGUGCUCGAAGAACUCACAGAUGGCACUGGCUUCCCAGUUCACAAGAUAGUUUUGGAGUGACUUUUGAUAAUUAAUAUGAGUUUGUUGUGCCGGUGGCCUGCCUCUACUAGACCACAGGCCUAACUAUGGUGGCUGAGAAGAAAGAAAAGUGUGUCUAUAUGGGCAACUGGGUAUCUUUGCUUUGAUUUUGCUUGAUUAUGCAACGGAUGGAUGUAGGCAUGUACGUAGCUGUUUAGAUGAUUCCGGGCCUGUUCA